UCCGCGCAGGCGCGAGCGAGGCGGUUCCCGGGGCGCGUGCGCGGGCUCGAGCGGGAGGCGGUGUCUUCCAGUCGCGACGACGGGGGUUUUUGUUGAGAGAGAGAGAGAGAGGGGAGAAGCGGCCGCCGGCGGUGGCGGUGGCAGUGGUGAAGAGAAAAAAAAAAAGCCGCUUUCGUUAUACAAACUCAGGCGCAACAGAAUGAGCAGCGUCAUUGAUGUCAACGAAACACUUCAAUAAGUAAUCCGAGUGUGGAGAAAUUGAAUCACACCAUGAAUGAUACUGCCAUGAACAUUAAUGGAUCCCAACCAGGUGGUUUGUUUGCCCCAGAAGAAGCCUUGCAACAAAUGCAAGAACUGAUUAAGGAGAACAAUGAGCUGAAAGAAGCCAUCAAGCAAACCAACCAUGCCAUGAAGGAACGCUAUGAAGAGCUUGCGACCUGGCGGGAGAAGCAGAGAGAGGAGCGGGAGUACAUUCAAAAAAAAUUCGAAGAAGCCAAAAAACGGCUGGCAGACCUUACUGCGGAGAAUGAAACCUUGAAAAGCAAGAUUCAACAGCAGAAACCGGAUGGUUCGCAGGGCUUAUCUGGAGAUGCUUUGCUGGUUAAAGGAGCGCACACCAACUGUGAGGCGAAAGAGCAGGAGUUUGAGCAGAUGAAAGCCUUGGUCAGCAGGCUGCAGUUGGAGAAAGCCGAUUUGGUGGCCAUGAAUUCCGAGCUGCUGCUGAAGGCAGGCGCUGUCUCGCCGGAUGAUUCUUUUGUUGAAAUUGGGUUGUCGGAGGCUAUCGAUGAGAAUGGAGAAUUGACGGUAACCAAGGAAUUACAAUGCAAGGGGACACACAGCCAAGCAGCUCAUAUCAGACAGAAACGUGAUGGAACUGUCAAACGUCAGAUGUCAGAAGAGCUCACCAUCAGCCAGCUGCUUCGCAUGCUCCGGGACGAGACCUUGAAGGUGGAGAAACUUGAACAUGAGCUUCGCUCAGCAAAGCAAAGACUGUCCAAACUUGAAAAGGGUGUUACAUCGACCGACUUUGAGGCACAGACUGAGCUGAUUGCAGAAGAACAAUGUGCGUCUGAUACAAGACUGGAACCUGCAUCUGAGAGCUUACCAGAGAAUAGCAGGGUAGAGCCUGAUGUGACGACUAUGGUUGCUUUAGUACAAGAACAAUGUCCGAAUGAAGUUGAGGUAUUGAAGUCGCAAGUAACCUCCUUAGUCCAAGACUUGCAAGAGGCCCAGAAAAAAGUGGACGAAGCUGAGCAGCUAAAAAAGUCUCUUCAAGAAAGAAUUCAGGUUCAGGAGCAAAAGCUGUCUUGUAGCCAGGUGGACAUGGAUGAGAUGAGACAAGUUAAAUUUUCCAAUGAAAAGCUGCAGUUGCAAGUGGAGAGCUUGCAAUCUGAACAAAAGAUGGAGCAGAUGAAAUUAGCAGACGAAAAGAGGAAACUGGUGCAGAUGCAAGCUGCCUACGACCAAUUGUUCAAUGAUUACAAAGAGAUUGUGAAGGUUAAUGAAGAAUUGAAAGCCAAAGAAAGCAAACGGUCGCAGACGCUGGAUGAUCUCAACAUUGAGCUGGAUGUGGCUAAAAAAACAAUGCAAGCCAAUCAACAGACAAUGUCCCACAUGACACAGACUCUGGUACAACAAAAUGAAGGGUUAAAGAAGGUUCAGAGCUCCAGUAAAACCGAACUGCACGACCUCUCGGCUCAGUUAGAAGCGACUGAGAAAGCGCUGGUGCAAAAGCAGGAAGCGAUUGACAGGAUGGCGCGGAUCAUACGAGAGCACAAGGAGGAACUGGAAACAGUGGCAGUGUUUAAAGCACAGGCAGAUGUUUACUGUGCGGAUUUCCACGCUGAACGAGCCGCUCGAGAGGCUAUGCACGAGGAGAGGGAUAGGAUGUCCUUAAAACUGGAUCUUCUAGUGAAAGAAAAUAGCAAACUGAAAGAAGAUCUGGAAACACUUGGCAGACAGUCUUUGGUUGAGCUGCAGCGUCGCCAUGGAAAUCUAGACUCUGGUCCGAUUAAUGUAGAGCCGCUACAAGUCAACGUGACAGGAGAUUUUGAAAACCUUCCAGAACAUGCCUGCCCAAAGUGUGGCAGGGUGCUGCCUGACAUUGACUCCCUCCAAAUACAUGUGAUGGACUGCAUCUUAUAGGCACUCAGUCAAUCUAUAACCACUUAAAUAUCUUUUGAGGCUAAGCAAAAAUGUUGUCAGCUUGCCUUACCUUUCUCUUGCUUGUGGAGGUUGGGAAUGGAGUAGCCGCUCUAACUGUUUGUUUUGUGCAAUUGAUUUUCAAAUAACAAUUAAGAGUUGAAUAUUUUUAUUAGAAUAUUUACUAUUCCACAGUGGGACCGAAAAGGCGGUAUUGGACGGAUAUUGAGAUCGCGGGCUGCGAUUUUCUUGCUCUUUGCCUCCCCCCCCCCCCCCCCCCGCAACCCGCCCAACAAAAACUGCCAAAAUGUUGGAAAAGUCGGUUGUUAAAUGGGUUUUGGCAGUGUUUUUCCCCCCCCCCGCCGCCGCAAUAUUUAACGAGAAUUUACUAGCAAUCUGGGAUUCAAAGUCUCAAUUAGUGCAACAGGAAACUGACCUGGCUGUCUUACCAUCUUUGUUAAAAAUUAAUAAUGUAGGGGAGAAGUUAUUCGCAUGGCAUGAUAUAAAAAAAUAUUCAUCAAUCGACUGUGGGACGCUGCUGUGUGUAAUUGGUUGCCACGUCUCUCCCACAAAUACAGUCAAUUCACUUUACAGUAUAAGAUGUGAUAAGUUGCUCUAUCAAAUGCAAGGAUUAUUAUUUUCAAUCGCAGUAUAAUUUAAACUUUUUUCACCUCUCGUGAGGACUGUCGAUCCGAAGGGAUAUGGUUUUGCCGGUGGUGCUGCUCCUAAUUGAAAGAAGCAGGAACUAAGUCAAAAUUUAUGCUUAAUAUUUGCAAUUAGUGAGAGAUUUUUUCCCUCCCUUUGCUUUAAGCUUCUGAACAAAAUAUUCACCUGCACAGCUGCGUCAAAGGGAACGUCGCAAUAUUAUACCGCUCUCAUUGUGAAUUUAGGAAUUUAAGAAUGUGCCGUGAGUUUGUUUUCAGUAUUUAAAACAUAAUUUAAGCUGAAAAUUCCGCCCCCCACCACAAAAGUCCAGUUCAGACGAAUGACUCUUGCUGAAACACCCUGGAUAAGUUGCCAUGUUUCUUCUAGCCAAAGGGCCACGUACUUUCAAAAAAAGGCAUUUUUGCAAACCUUCAUCAGAAGAAAAGUGUUUUUGGUUAUGUCAGUAUAAUCUAUUACAGGCNAAAAAAAAGUCCCAAUAUCACUUAUACCACUUCAGGUGUAAAAUUACAGCAGUGGACUACUGUAGUGUGGUUAGACCACUCGCCUCGCAAGCGAGAGGUCCCGGGGUCCAUUCCGGG